AUGCCCCCCUCCACCUUCGACGUGCAGAAAUGCACCCACCUGAUCAUCGUCUGCUGUCAUGCAAUCUACCUCGGGGGAUCAACAAAGGGCAUCUCAGAGGAUGAAUGGCUAAUUGAGCCCUUCCAAAAGGGCGAAACGCCCACUUUCACGUCCCACGUCAAAGCAGGUCUUCGAGCUGCGGCGGAGGAUCCGGAAAGUCUGCUUGUAUUUUCGGGAGGCGCAACAAAAAGAGCCUUGACGGAUCUCGCCGAGGGUGAUUCAUAUCGUAACCUCGCCAAAGAUAACGCCUACUUCACAUAUUCCGACAGGAUCAACGCCUUACAAAUAACAACCGAAACACACGCCACAGAUUCAUACCAGAAUGUGCUUUUCUCACUGCUGAAGUUUCGAGUACAUACCGGCAACUAUCCGACGCGGGUUACUGUCGUGACGCACGAAUUCAAGCGGAAGAGGUUCAUAGAGUACCAUUUUCCUGCUAUCGGACUUGCUCCGGUCGCCUCGGCUUCUUCCACUUCCACUUCCACUGGUGCAGAUGGGCGUGAGUCUAGAUGCCAAUGCAAAGGGAAUGUAGUUGGGAUUAAUCCGCCGGAGGAAGUGACGUCGGAGGCGUCGUUGAUUGCAGGAGAAGAGAAGAGGGGGAUUGGGCUUUGGAAGGAAGAUCGGUAUGGAGUUCAGGUGGAGCUGGCAGGGAAGAGAGCGAAGAGGGGGUGGAAUCCGGGGAUGGAGAUGGGUGUUUUUGGAGACUUGGGGCUGGAGCCGGUGGUGGAGGAGUUGGUAUGUUGGGAUGGGGGAGAGGGUGGGAAUGAGUGGUUUUCGAAGAUGGACCAUUUACCGUGGUAUAAAUAG